CAAAAAAGUAUCGAUAUUUCUUUUAAAGUAUUGAAUUCCUAUCUAUUUCAAUAUAUUUUAAAUAUAUUAAUGGACAAAACAUUUAACAACAAAAAAAGAGCUGCAGUAUUCAUGUGGUUGUCGUUUUUUUUUUUCGUCGUCCAACCGUCUGUAAUACGGAUCUUAUCCUUACAUCAUGCAAAUGAUGAUGAUAUAUCGAUAUUUAUCACACGAUAUACAUGUAUCGAUGCUGUUUAAAAAUACUGAUUCAAUAUAUUUUCUUCCCUUGCCCAUCCCUAGGAGGGCGGCACUGAAAAUUUCGCGAAUCAAGACACAACAUUAAUAUUUAAAAAUGUAUUUAUUGCUUUUCGAAGUAUUCUCCGCGAAAUUUGACACAUUUUUGUAUACGAUGGAACCAAUCAUUGAAGCAACCAUUCCAUUCGGAAGUUGGGGUCUCCAAAAUGGCCGUUUUGUAGGCGUCCACAGCUUCUUCAAGUGAUGAAAAUCUCUGUCCACGCAAUUUAAUGUUUAUUUUAGGGAAAGUAUAGAAAUCAUUAGGACUUAGGUCGGGGCUGUACGGCGGAUGGUCUAAUAAUUCUAUGUUUUCUUGCUCUAAAAACUUUUGUUCUGUGUGCGGUGUGAGAACUCGCAUUGUCGUGAUGGAGGACGAUGUGGCGGUUGCAGUUCUCUUUACGGAGUUCAGAAACGACCUGUGGCAAACAAAUGCUAGCAUACAAUUCUGCAUUAACAGUUCUUUGUCCCUCAAGAGGAAUAGUCGUAACAUGGCCGGUUUAGGAGACAAACGUGGCCACCAUUUUUUUUGCAACACUCCGUGAACGAACAAUUUUUGUUGGCUUUAACUCAUUUCCGAACACCCAAACUCGUGACUGGUUUUUUGUUUCGGGUUCGUACGCGUAUAUCCAGGAUUCGUCAUCUGAUACGAUGUUGUAUACAGCAUUUGAGGAUCCUGCGUGGAAUCUUUCGAGAGUUCUGACGCACCAAGUAACGCGAGCCGUUUUUUGCUCUUCACAGAGCAAAUGCGGUAUCCAUCGGGAAAACAACUUUUUUACACCUAAUUGUUCAUGCAAGAUUAUUUGUAUUUGACUCAUGGCAAUAUCUAAAGUUGCCUGAAUUUCGCGGUAUGUCACAUGUCGAUCUUCCUCAAUCAGCUUAAGCACAGCAUCAACGUUUUCUUGGGUGACUGCAGUUUUGCACGACCUUGACACGUCCACGUUAAAAUUCAGCAAACCAGCGAUAAAUUUUGGUUUUGGAUGGGGCUUCAUCACCAAAUGCAGAAAUCAUCCGGUCAACACACUGUUUUUGUGUUAAACCACUUCGAAAGUCAUAAUAAAUCAUUGCUCUUGAAUUUUCUCGAGUCAAUUCCAUUUUCUCAACGACUAAACAAGUUUGACAAAACCUUGUGACAAGACCGAGAAUCUUUUUUUAAAUAAAUAAAUGGUAUUCGAUUUUUAAAACCUAGGACUAUUCAAUUUAAAAAAAUUUAAUAUGACAGGAACAGUGGAAAUAUCCCAUUCCCGAUCUUUUAGUGCAGCCCUCGUACAUAGGGACACAAUCAUCUGUAUCUUUACAGCUCAUUUAAAGUCCACUCAACAACACAAGCCUUAUAGAUUACCACAAAGUAAGGUUCUGAAUCACGAGCUUCCUACUACUUCCUGUAUGCCUCACCGAGCCUUGCUCUACCUAGCGGGGGAGUAACCGUACACUUCCUGGUAUGAGCCUGCAAUUUCAAGUAUCACUUGAGCAUACUGAUACAGAAGGCCAUGACAGUUAUUUAUGUUGUAAUGUGGACUUGGGAGAUGUUAGGAUUGCACAGCGACCCAAUGUUUUACUCAAAUUAUAUUAAGAAAAUUGAGAUUGCUUUCUUUUUUUAGGUGCAAUUGUUGUUACAACACCUCAGUCAGCAGCUCUACAAGUUACAAAACGAGGUGUUAAUAUGUUUGAAAAAUUAAAAGUUCCUAUAAUUGGCCUGGUGGAGAACAUGUCCCAUGCUAUGUGUCCAAAAUGUGGUACGAAAAACUUCAUAUUUGGUAAUGAAACUAAAAAGACUGCUGACGAAAUGGGCCUUGAGAUCAUUGAAAGUUUCGAAGUGGAUUCAAACAUGUCCGAGUGUAUAAAUAGUGGUAAGCCAGCGAUAUAUGCACUACCGGACAGCAUCCAUGCAGAGAAGUAUAGACAAUUAGCAAACAAAGUGUUCAAGUAUAUAGCCAAUAAGGAUAAUAAGCAGGCAAAAGCUAAGGAGCAGUAGGUCUCAUUAAACAUAUACAAGUAGUUGUUGAAUUUCAUUUAUUUUAAAUAUUUUACAAAUAUAUCUGUUAUAUAAAAGAUGUUUGUUUGACUUACAUAGUAUCAUAUAACAUUAUGGCAAAUAGCUCAGAUUUCCCUGUCACGGUUGUGCGCGGGUUAUACGCUUCUUAUUAUGAAAUAAAAGAUGAAAUGUCAUUUGAUAUUUAUUGGGAACAAUUUACCUGAAAUUCGACUUCAAUUAACAAAGUGGAAAAAAAAUACUAUAAAAAUAUUGUCUUUUAAAUAAUUUUUUUGAAGAAAAUCUUAAUUUGCUAAAUGAUUUAGGAAACAAGCGAUAAUAAUAAUUUCUUGGCUCUUAUGGCUACUGGAAUAUAUUCAAUUAAAAUUAACAAUAUAUUAUGUUCUCUUGUUGUUUGGGAAUUAAAAACUAUAUUAAUAAAGUAAAGUCACUUUAGUCAAUAAGUACAAGAGAAGAACAUAUUCAUUUAUACUGACAUGGAAGGAUUCUGAAUAUAAGCACU